AUGAACCAAACUCUGCUGAAAAAGUUUAGCCCUAUAUCAGCAUUAUUUUAUCGUUCAAAAGGUUACAAAGCACCUGGUGGAUUGCGAUACCCUGGAGGUAUCGUAUACUAUCCUAGACAUCCUGAUCACAAGGACCCUGAAUACACGCCAUCUAAACUGUUUAGAGUCGAAAGAAUACGUCCAACAAAAAAUAAUCCUUGGUGGCUCAAGACUAUUCUUAAAGAAUUGAAAAUUGAUGAAGCAAAUCGUGUAACAAUUGUUAAAAAUAUACCUGAAGUAAAUGCUAGAUUGUGGAAGAUUAAACAUUUAAUUAAAGUGACACCAAUCACUUUUCCUUAUGGGGAACCAACGGAAGCAGAUAUAAACUAUACAGUCUUAAAAGAAAAUGGACAAUGUGUAGUAACAAAAACUCUAGAACCCCAAGCAAGUCAAAUUGAAGCCUUAGAAAAGUUUGAAACUGAUAAAAGUAAAAUGGAUUCAACUACAAUUAAAAAUGAUUCAAGAUAUAAGUGGAAUACAGCUUUUGGUGGGGGCUUUUAG